GUUCACUACUGUUCAGAACAUCUCUACAACCUAGAAGAUGGCAUCUCUGAGGCCUUCUACUUUCCAAUUCUUGCUCCGGAAUACCAAAACGCCCUUCUUGCGAGUCCAACAAAAGCGAUGGGCACAAGUACAUGAUGUGCGCUUCCUUGCCACGCAUCACGAUCCAAAAUUGGUCUUCGAGAGGUACCGAUCUAAGCUAGAUCAGAAAGCCAAACAAGAAGGACACGAAUCCGUCGAAUCUCUGAAGGAGGCCUAUCAAGAGAAGAUCAACGACUUCCGUCAAAAAGCGUCCACCGUUGUCACCCCAGAGCCCUCACGACCUGCCUCCUCCCCAUCAGCAUCCGCAGUCCACCCUCCUCCUCCUCCCCCGCCUCAUUCUUCUCAAGCCGCAGCUGCAGCCGCAGCCAAAUCGUCCCCAGGCAUCAAGCCUCUCAGCUCCUACCUCGACAUUGAGAAGAUCCUCGAACUCCCAGCGAAGGAGAUCGAGGCCAUCUGGCGCCUCCGCAACGCCAGCAAUCCCAACUCCAUCUGCGCUACCAUCCCAGUAGAAACAUACCAGCGAAUUGCAUCCGCCGCUCGGCAGAAUCCCCAAUUCGUUCUCCCCUUGCCCCGCAUGCAAACCGAGGCUCAGCAACCCGAACAACAGGCCGAUGACGCCGCCAAAACCGGCGCAGAUAUCCACUUCCUCCAGUGGGGAUUCCACCCGGCCGCUCCAACCGUUACCUCCGGACCGCUAGCGACUUCUCACACCUCCACUAUCAUCUUCACCCACCUGGCCCAGUACCAACUGCAUGGCUCCUACGCCCAGCCUCACACGACUAUCACACACCACCUCGACCUGGCCGAUGAGAAGGGCCUGGUUCUUAUGCAUGGCCAGGUCAUGCCGGAUUCGGGUGUUUCUACCACUGAGGCUACCUGGUUGGCCAGUUGCGUUCAGCGGUUCUAUGAUUUCGGUGGCCAGGCUAGCGGACGCAAGGGUGAGCUGCUGCGCUCAUUCACCCGGGGAGAUACUCAGGGAUUUAAGAUCGAGGCAUUGAUGGAAGAGGCGGAGAAGUUGUAGAUUUCGCGGGUCAUUUGGUUCUAACUUCUGGCCUUGUAUUAUUCUAGAACGGUUUUUUUUAAGCGCUUGUUUGUGUCUGUAUAGAUCUAGAGCACGGCAUUAUUUGUAUGAUAUAGAUGGAUUAUUUAUGAUAGUCAUUAUGGUUAUGCCCAACUCAUGGGCUUCCGCCAGUGGAUAGGGCUUCUUUAGCUCAUUCUUGGACACUAGUUUGUAUGAAAGUGUGCUGUAGACGUAUCCCAACAUGUACAGCUGAAUUGAAGUUGCUAUUAAGGG